CUGAUAAAAUCCUUAAUUUUCAGUCACUGGACACGAAUACUUCUCAUUAUUCUUGCUGUGGUUGCAGUGACCCUGUGCUGUUUGGUACCAUGUAUAUGUGCGCUUGGAAUUUGGUUUGCCGGAUGGUUCGGCUUACGUAGUCGAGCUGAUAACAAGCCCAGUAGCAGCAGUUCCCCGAUCAGUAAUAAUUCAUACGCGCCUCAACAACCGAUCAUGCCACAGCAACAACCACAGAUGGCAACAAUUUUACCGCAAAAUUCUAUUCCAUCCGGAUCAACCAGUCCGCGGGAGCGCGUUGAUACAUAUGUAUACGAGGAGAAACGAAGCGAUCAUUUCUAUCACAGACAACCAUCACCACGACCUCAUGAUACCGAAUAUCGCCGAUAUUAUACCUCAUCAAGGCUAUAG